AUGACCCUUGAUCGUGCAUUGGACUUCUACAACAAUUAUGCUCGAUAUGUUGGGUUUGACACCCGUAAGAAGGGAUCGAAAAAGGAAAAAGAUGUCAUUACUUGGAUUUAUGUGGUGUGUAGCCGAGAAGGUACAAAGCAAAGAAAAAAUGAACAACAUGAGGUGAAACGCAAGCGUUCUUCUAUUAAGUGCUUUUGUAAUGCUAAAGUGUCUUGGAAGUUUUUUAUGGGUGUUGGUUAUGUUAUACAAAGUUUUGUUGAAGAACAUAAUCACGAGAUGGUUGAGGAACGCCAUAAGCGUUUUAUGAAGUUGAACCGCAAUUUGGAUUUAGUCCAUCAGAAAUUCAUACUUGAUUGCGCUAAUGCAAAUAUCGGUCCAACUUUAAGUUUUAGCUUACUCAAGGAAGUACUUGGUGGAUUAGAUUAUGUAGGGUGUACUGUUUUAGAAGUGCGCAACUACAGACGCGACCUUAGAGCAUACGUGGAAGGAGCUGAUGCACAAAUGCUAUUAAAUGAGAUGCGCAGGAAGAAGGAACUUUGUGGAGCAUUUACCUAUGAAUUUGAGGUCAACUCAAAGGAUAGACUGACACGUUUGUUUUGGUGUGAUCCAACUGCCAAGAGAAAUUAUCAUUUGUAUGGUGAUAUUGUUUCUUUUGAUACGACAUACUCAACAAAUAGGUACUGCAUGAUAUUUGCUCCUUUUACGGGCAAGGAUAAUCAUGGUCGCCCUGUGACAUUUGCGCUCACAUAA